AUGAAGGACACUCUGCAGACGAUGCGUCUGCUACUGGUUCGCCACGGCGAGUCCGUGGACAACGUGGCCGGCGUCUAUGCCGGCUCCCGCGACUCUGCUCUGACGGCCCACGGCGUGUUGCAAGCACGUCGUCUGGGUACCUAUCUGAUGCCUAGCCGCGACGGAGACAACGAUGAGGACAGCAAGAGCGAGGACGGGCUUCGGCCUGUUGUCACGCACGUCUUGUCGUCGGACCUGCAGCGCGCAGUGCGGACAGCCGAAGCGAUCGUGGAGGCACAGGCGAAGAAGCGGACGGGUGACGAUGGAGACGAAGCUCUAGCAGUCGUGCAGCUGGCCGAUCUGCGCGAGCGAGACUUCCGUUCGGGUGAGGGCAGACGGAUUGCCGGUAGCGGUUCUUCGUCUGCCUUUGCCGAUGCCGAGACGCGCGAGGAAAUGCGCAGACGGGCUGAGCGGUUUGUCGACGGGCAUCUGCACCCAUUGCUGCUGGUGCAGGUCCCGACUCAACAGACCGUCGUGGUCGUUUCGCACGGCAUCUUCCUCGGCGUGCUGCUGUCGGUCCUGCUGCAGCGGUUCGCCUCGUCGUCGCUGCCAGCCGCACCUGUCAGCUGGAGCAACACGGGCUAUGUCGAGCUGGCGGUCGGCAGGCGCCAGCAGCAGGACGUCGAACUGGCCGUGACAGCUGUCAACAAUGUCGAGCACCUGCAGGGUCUGCGCAAGACGCGCGGCGGUAUUGGCAGCUCGGCUUUUGACGCAAAACAACAGACGGUCGACUCGUUCUUCCGUCCGGCUGCGAAGCGGCAGAAAAAGGAGGGCUGA